AUGGAGGCCGAAAACUCUAGGAGCCUAAACUUUACAACAUGCUAUUCCAAAGGAUUCAUAUGCUUAAAUGCAGCGUUUGGACAUGGAUCACCAGAAACGAAAGCUUUAUGUUCUCCUCAGCAGUCUUCGGCUUCAGCUUUCCAAUUUGAAUGUUUUAGAGUCGAGGAAGAUUUGAUGAUAAAGAACAAGUUAGAGAAGAUUGGACCAUAUCUAGAUGGAAGGUGUAUAUAUCUUGUUGGAAUGAUGGGCUCUGGAAAAACAACAGUUGGCCAAAUCCUAUCUAAAAUUCUUGGCUAUUCUUUUGUCGACAGUGACAAUCUAAUAGAGGAGGUUGUCGAGGGAAUCGCAGUUGCUGACAUCUUCAAAUUGCAUGGCGAGAAAUUCUUUAGAGAGAAGGAGACUGAGGUGUUGAGGAAGCUGUCAUCGAUGCAUGGAUCGGUGAUUUCCACGGGUGGAGGUGCUGUUGUUCAGCCUAUCAACUGUUUCGACACCACCAGAGCAGUAGCACCACCCCACAACACCAUAGAACCACCAAUUUUAUGGAUUGGAGAAGAGAACGGGUGGAGCUGGGCCCUUUCGUCGGCGAUGGUGCUGACCACCGACGAUACAUCAAACAGAGACGUUCGCCAGGGACACGAUGAUCUCUCAGUGUAUCACCACAAAUUACUUGGCAAUGAAUUUCUGGUAGAAAUGGCUUCAAGAAUGGCUUGA